GUCACGAUGGCGGAAAUGAAUCUAUUUUUGAUGAUUUUACCAUGUUCGGGAGCUUGUAUUGAUUUAGUUCAUCACUCACUAAGCUAAUUUUGAUCUCUCUGAUGUGCAAUGGGAAUGGGUCUUAGGUCUUGGUGAUACAUGGUUUUUUUCUUUGAUUCAUUAGCUAUUUCAAGAUCUAAUCUUUUAGUUGCUAUGUUGUUUGAAAUUGAAACCCUUUGUGAUUCAAAGUGGUUUUGGUGAUUUCAGAACAAUAGGACUUAGGUAGAUUUGGUAUUGCAUUUUUGGGUUCUUGAAACUGUGAAUUAGAUCCGGGAAUGUGUGUCAGAUCAUGGAGUCUUGUGAUAUCUAAUUACUUGUUGAUUCUUCUCUUAAGCUUACUGAAAUUAUGAUGAUAAGCUCCACUCUUAUAUUGGUUCAGCCAAGGGAAGAUCAAAGUAAUUAGAGAAGCUGAAGUAGGAGGAAGUCAUGUUUUCUCUUAUGGCUGGGCUAUGGAGUUACAUGUUCAGCAAGACUGAGUUUCAUGUCCUCAUUCUUGGUAUCGGCGAAGCUGGGAAGACGACGUUUUUGGAGAAACUAAAGACGAUAUACUCAGUCUCAGAAGGUCUUCCUCAUGAUCGAAUUGUUCCAACUGUUGGGCUAAAUAUUGGUCGUAUUGAAGUUUCCAAUGCUAAAAUUGUGUUUUGGGACCUAGGAGGUCAGCCUGGUUUGCGGUCGAUUUGGGAGAAGUAUUAUGAAGAAGCACACGCAUUGAUAUAUUUGAUCGAUGCAGCCUGCCCAACACGCUUUGAAGAUUCAAAAUCUGCCCUAGAAAAAUCCCUGCGGCAUGAGGACUUGCAAGGAGCCCCGCUUUUGAUAUUGGCAAACAAGCAAGAUCUCCCAAACGCUGUGUCAGCUGAGGAACUGGGCCGAUAUCUGGAUCUAAAGAAAUUGGAUGAAAGGGUUUAUAUGUUUGAAGCAGUUUCUGGAUAUGAUGGGCGAGGAAUCAAAGAAAGUAUAGAAUGGCUGGUUGGAGUGAUGGAGAGAAGCAAAAGAACCGAAACAUUAAGAGCCCGUACAGGGUACGCUCCCGUGCCAAAUGCAUAGACACGAAAAAGGAGUGGCAAACUCAACUGUCCAACCAACUGGUUUCCGUUGCAAACAUAUGUAGAUAAGAACAUACCAGAAUCCUUGCAUUAUUUUGGGUUAGCAUCAAAUCACAUGAUGAGUAGGACUAGUAAUCUCCUUAUUUACCUCCUUUUACUAAUGUUAUGAAUUCAGUCGAGAUUUUGAGAUCAUGAUUCCAUUUCA